CAUUGGAGUGAGGAAGCUUAGCGUUUUCUGUCUUGUGGAUACUGCUGGAUUGUUCUAUUUGAACUGGAGUUUGUGCCAUUCUCUUCUCUGGUUUCCCUUCUCCUAGGGAAGUGUUUUUUUGCCACAGCAGCUGCUUACGCUUCAGAGCCAGAACAUCCUCUCUUUCUCUCUCCGUCUCUCUCUCCCUCUCUUUGGCUGGCUCAGCCACACCGUCUGUCUGCAUCGCUGCUUUGUGCAUUGGCCAGAACGGAACGAAGUGAACGACUGGGGUAUCUGUCAACCACCAGCGGGACUUUGACACUGUACAGGCAACUAAAGAGUGCGAGAGUGAAAAAGAGUGCAAAAGAAAAAGAGAGAGAAAGAAGGGGAGAGAGAAAGUCUGGGCAUGAGCAGGAGACUACGAGCCGGCUUUUUGGAGAAGUGAUAGUCUACCAACCCCCUCCCUCUCCCUUGUCUCCCUCCUCCUUUCUUCCUCUCCUCUCCUCUCCUCUCCUCUCCUCUGUACCGCGGCUCUCUGCACGCACACCUCCGCUGCUAUCCCAUCUUCAUUUCUUCGCUCUCCCUCCAUCUCCUCCACUCCUGAAUCCCUCAGACGGUCUGAGGAAAAGCACAGCUCUCCGACUGGGAAGUGACAGACAGAAGGACAGCCAGAGGUCCUGUGGUGCUCCCCAUCGCAUCCCUCUCUUUCUUCUUUUCGCGUCUGUCCAUCUCCGUUUCUCUAGCCCUCUCUCUCUCUCUCUCUCUCUCUCUCUCUCUCUCACUGCCUCUCCCAAACGGAUCUAGCCUCCGCCCCAGGAACUGAGGGGCAGUCAGGUGCACUUCUACCCAGCCAGCGAGUCUCGAUCUCAAGCCACGGCCAGAAGGAUUCCAGCUACAUGGGCAAACGCUUGGAACAGCAACCAAUGUACCCCCAGUACACCUACUACUACCCUCACUAUCUCCAGACCAAGCAGUCAUAUGCCCCUCCCCCUCCACCAAUGGCUCCGCCCAGUCCCAGCACAAACAGCAGCAGCCAUAGUGCAGCAGAACAACUCAGUAAAACCAACCUCUACAUCCGUGGCCUGCCUCCCGGAACCACCGACCAGGACCUCAUCAAGCUCUGCCAACCGUAUGGGAAAAUAGUGUCAACAAAGGCAAUCCUUGACAAAAACACCAAUCAGUGCAAAGGUUAUGGCUUUGUGGACUUCGACAGUCCUGCAGCAGCACAGAAAGCAGUGGCCUCCCUAAAAGCCAGUGGUGUCCAGGCACAAAUGGCCAAGCAACAGGAGCAGGACCCCACCAAUCUGUACAUCUCUAACCUGCCUGUAUCCAUGGACGAGCAGGAGCUGGAGAAUAUGCUCAAACCCUUUGGUCACGUCAUCUCCACACGAAUACUCCGAGAUGCCAAUGGGGUCAGCAGAGGAGUGGGCUUUGCCAGAAUGGAGUCCACUGAGAAAUGCGACGUUGUGAUUCAGCAUUUCAAUGGCAAGUUUCUAAAAACCCCACCGGGAGUGCCAGCCCCUACGGAGCCUCUUCUGUGUAAGUUUGCAGAUGGCGGACAGAAAAAGCGUCAGAAUCCCAGCAAAUACCCUCAGAACGGUCGACCGUGGCCUCGGGAAGGCGAGAGCGGCAUGGCGUUAACCUAUGAUCCCACUGCAAUGCAGAACGGGUUCUACUCUCCACCAUACAGCAUCUCCACAAACCGCAUGAUUGCUCAGACGUCAAUCACACCCUUCAUUGCAGCUUCUCCUGUCUCCACAUAUCAGGUCCAGAGUACAUCAUGGAUGCCUCACCAACAGUACGUUAUGCAACCUACUGGUGCUGUGAUCACGCCAGCCAUGGACCACACCAUCUCCAUGCAGCCAGCCAACAUGAUGGGUCCCCUCACCCAACAGAUGAAUCAUCUGUCCUUGGGCACCACUGGAACCUACAUGACAGCCGCUGCAGCUGCUGCUCCUAUGCAAGGAACUUACAUUCCCCAGUACACUGCUGUGCCUGCGUCAGCUGUCUCUGUGGAGGGAGUGGUGACAGAGGCCUCACCGCAGACGGUUGCCCCCUCUUCACAAGAUGCAAGCGGACAGCAGCAGCCUCUUGCUGUGGAGAGCACCAGCGAUCAUGCGCCCACCUACUCCUACCAACCCACUAAAUAACAAGAGGAGGACGAGAGCGAGAGAUUGUUGGCGCGACUGCAUUGCCUUGAGACGGGGGGGACUGCACUCAGAUGACAGAGAGGGUAUGAUGUUAAGCCGGGGGGGAAGAGGAGAGGUUUUCACUUUGCACAGGCACCAAAAAACACAGAGAAUUUAUUUCCUACCUGGCUCAAGCGAGAUGGUUCCUGGAUACAUCGAGUUCAAAAUGGAAAGCGAUGCAGUCUGGGAGCUUCACUCUUGGGUCAAAUUGCUGUCAGCAAGAAGCUGGAUUUUUUCCUUCGUGAAAUGACGAAUUUAAACAAGUACAAAGUUUUCAAAUUCUUUUUUUUUUUUGAAUGUGCAGGUAGGUUUUCAGCUGUGGCAAGUUUUCUAUUAGAUGAGGAAGCAAGCUCUAGAGUGAAAGAAAAAAAAAAUAUACAAG